AUGUCGGAGAGGCGGUCAUUCCCGGCGGCCACCAGACAAAAACACAAUUGGCUUUCCGCGUCGCGCAAUGCGCGGGGCCUACCUAGCUGCUUGUUCCGUGCCAAUGGCGGCCAGAUUUUCGAGGACCCACUUGAGCGGAGACGCUAUUACACGACAGAAGGCGAGGCUUCAGUGUUACGGAGCGAAAGAUGGGAGGCAGAUAUCGGCGGCCUCGCGACGUUUCCGAACAUUUGUCCUCGGGUCAAAGCCUUAAGUAGUGGAAGAGCGGAAGAAUCUAAAAAUGUUGCACAGAGUUUCAGUAUUGUUGUGGCCCACUUAGCUACCUUAGUUGGUGGGGCGCAUGGAGAUAAGACUAAGCUUUCCCUGAGUAAUCACCCAAAAUGA